CACACACAAGGACACAGCUAUGCACACCUUCACACUCACAUAUGAACAGGAAACAAUCAUCAGUCAUUUCCACAAUUUCUUAAUGUUUCGGUCAGUAGUAGAUCACUGGAGCAUGGGACAGAACACUAAUGUUUUUUAGGAAAUCAGUGAAGACUAUUACAAAUACCUAAGCUUCUGCAGCAAGAAGACAACAUCGUGAGUUGAUUAUUACCGGUAAUCACUGUUCCGUAAGGUGAAGAUUUAGAGUUUGGGAAAUCGUAAAGGACGUUCUUGGAGCAUAUCUUUUAACACUGAGCAUCUGGAAGAUAUUACGCAGCAAAGAUGAAGCCAGACACCAUGACCAUGACAGCACUAAACAGCAAACAAGAGACAGUGUGUAUCUUUGGCACAGGGGACUUUGGACGAUCUUUGGGACUUCGCUUGCUUCAAGCAGGGUAUGAAGUUGUCUACGGAUCCCGAGACCCCAAAAAUUCUGCCCUGCUGCCCAAGAAGGCAAAGGUAAUGCCACAUGAGGAGGCGUCUCAGAGAGCAAGCGUGAUAUUUCUGGCUAUUCAUCGAGAUAACUAUGACUUCCUGGCCAGCCUGAGACCAGCUCUUGAAGGAAAGGUCUUGGUGGAUGUCAGUAAUAAUCUGAAGAAGCAUCAGUACACAGAAUCUAAUGCUGAGUAUCUGAGCGUUCUGGUACCUGGGGCACAUGUAGUCAAAGCCUUCAACACCAUCUCGGCCUGGGCACUGCAGUCAGGGGGGCUGGAUGCCAGCAGACAGGUAUUGAUUUGUGGAAAUCAUGUGGAUGCCAAGCAGACAGUAGUGGACAUAUCCCACAGUUUGGGUCUUACUGCCGUGGACCGAGGCUCCCUUAGAGUGGCGUCUGAACUGGAGGAUCUUCCACUUCAACUCUUCCCACUUUGGAGGCUUCCUUUACGUAUCAGUGCUGGACUCCUUGGUGCCUUCUUCCUCUAUGCUAUCAUUCGGGAUGUCGUCUAUGCGCGGGUUGUUGACAACAAAGACAAUUCCUUUCGCAUCAUAAUUUCACUGGCUAAUAAGGUGUUUCCUGUGGUCUCAUUGGUGAUGCUGGCACUGUGCUAUCUACCUGGUAUUAUUGCUGCUUUCGUGCAGCUCUACAAUGGCACCAAAUACCGCCGUUUUCCUGACUGGCUGGAUCGCUGGAUGUUGUGCAGGAAGCAGCUGGGUUUGCUGGCACUGGGUUUCGCUUUUCUGCACGUGCUGUACACAUUGGUGAUCCCUAUCAGAUACUUUGUUUUCUAUAAAAGGGCCAACAUUUAUAUAUCACUGAUUAAAGAGAAUAAAACAUACGAGUUCGUCGAAAAGUGGGCCUGGCGCUCCGACUCCUACUUGUCCAUGGGAAUAUUGGGAUUUGCCUUGUUUGUUUUACUGGGAAUCACAUCACUCCCAUCUGUCAGCAACUCUCUUAACUGGAGAGAAUUCAGGUUUAUACAGUCUAAACUAGGCUAUUUGACGGUGCUGCUGUGCACUGCUCACGCCUUCCUAUACGGAUGGGAUAAGUUCCUGCAACCCUCAGGCUACAAGUGGUGGAUGCCCUCAUGCUAUAUGUUGGCUCUGGUUGUUCCCUGUGUUGUUUUGGUUUUAAAAACAAUCUUAAUUUUGCCAUGUUUGGACCGUACACUCACUCGCAUACGCCAAGGAAGGGAGAGACCAGGCAAAGCUGGAAUGCACAAAAAUGCAAAAAGCAACCAGCCACUCAUUCUAUAAACAAUGAUUCAUGUGCUUUAAUGCAUGAGUUGCCGAGAUGCAGAAGUUUGACAUGGCAUUAGUAUUCCUGUUGUGGAGCUUCUACCAGCUAUAAACCAUAGUGAUAAAAAGAAGGUUCUUAUGUAUCCAUACAUAAUGCACAAGUACAGUUUACUCACAUAUAUAAUUAAGGAAAAAUAUGAAGAGCUGAGGCAUACAUCCGUUUCAAGGUUGUUGAUGUGCUUGCACGAGUUAUAACUGCAGUUUAAGAUUAAGAUUAUUUUCAAAUACUUUUUAUACCACAACGAUUAUAGAAUGAUGCUGUACUGUUUAUCCGUUUAUAGCUAUGUUUACUAUGAUGGAAUAUCUACAAAACAAGCUAGUUCCUGUUGUCAAUGACAUUAUAAUAUUGCACAUGCUAGCUUCUCUUUAUUUCUCUUCGUUACUAUGACAAAAAGAAAGAAAAAAAUGGAAAGAAAAAGAAAACACGCACACAUAUUUUUAUUAAGCACUUACACAGGAGAUUCAUUCCAAAGUUGCUAAAUGAACAUAUUAAAUGUCUACCAUCGAAGCUGUAGCAUAUUAGACCAGGUGUAUUAAUAUAAUUCCUUAAUCCAUAAAUAUUUCUGAACAAUCAGAGCUGUGAUAUAGUGUAUUUUCUUUUAUCUGGAUUAAAACAUCAGUGGCUCAAUUCCAUUCAGUUACAUUCAGCUGCCUAAACAAAACUGGUGUGCAGUAAACAUUUCUUCUCUAUAUGUUUUUUUUUUCAAUUCCCAGUGUUCCAAAGCUAUUUUUCCACAAAGUUCUCCCAGCGGCUCUUCUUCUUAAAUUAUUAUUGAUCCAAAUGUGGACAGCCACUUCCUGUGUUGUGUCUUGAAGUUUGUUUCUGGCUUCAGAGAGACUUUCUCCUUUCACGUCAGUCUAAAUCAAUCUAAAUUAAAUGUUAUCAAAACAUUCCAACUUUGUACUAAGGCUUCUUAUUAAGCAAGUGUGAUCGCUGUACUUAGAAAUGUAUUCAGCUAAAAAAUGCUGAAAUUGGAUUCCAAAUCUGUUUUUUUUUUUUGUUUUUUUUUUUACUGAUCCACUUUUAUUGUAUUUUACAUGUAAUUUUUAACCGUUUCAUACAGAAUUUAUUUACAAAACAAACAAAGAAAAGUUGAAGUCUAUUAAGACUCUUUAGGUAUUAAAUUGUAUUAAUCUUGCAUAUCAUACACUUUUUUUUUAUUAAUAUCACUUCUUAUGAUUGAAAACAAAGGGAUCAGAAAUGCCUUAAAUAUAUCUUUUUCCGACCAAAGAAAAUGCUAUGUACAAAAGUUUUAGAGAUCUUAUAAGGAAUCUUAUAUUUUCAUAUAUAAUCUUUAUAUUUCAUAUAUAGUGCUGAGUGCUAGCUCAGCUAGCUUAGCUAAGAAGCUAACAAAUGUUUAAAAGCUCUACAUUUGAAAUUGUUUAACACAACAUCGCUUCAAAAUGAUUUCAAACAAGAUCAUUUCUUCUUGCUGAAUAAAAAUAAAAAUAAAAAAAUCCUGCAUAUUAUCACAAGUUAUGAUGCAUUGAUUAAUCAUUAACACAUUACAAAUAUCCAUUUCAGGAAAUUUAUAUAACUAUCAAAUUGUAUAAAAUUAUAUACAGUAUAUAUGUACAUUUAUGUCAGUUCUCUACACAUACACAUUUAAUGUGUCUGAAUAUGCACAAAAUGAUGAAUUUGCAAACUGGAGUGAAUGCUUGAAACUUUCUAUAUGUUUUUUCCUUAAACGGCAGUAAGCUAUGUCUGAAGAGUCUCAUGUGUCAUAUGCAUAUGAUGGAAAAUGAUCAAGAUUGUCUGUAGUAUGUUAACAAAAGCAAUGCUCAAUUUACUGUUUUCUGUGUUUGACCGAAUUUGUACAAUAGACGCAGUUUACUACAUGACAAAGUUUGUGUUGUUGUGAAUGAAUUUUCUAGUAAAGAUGUGGUGUAUACAGCGUA